GUUUGAUCAUUGAUGCCUUUGGUGAGUUGAGAGACCAGUUGGAACAGGUUAAGGAAGAUAUGGAGUCCAAGUGCUUCAUAUGUGGGAUUGGUAAAGAAUACUUUGACAAGGUGCCCCAUGGUUUUGAACAGCAUGUCAUGAAUGAGCAUAACUUUGCCAACUAUAUGUUCUUCCUGAUGCACUUGAUCAAUAAACCUGAUACAGAAUACACUGGCCAGGAGUCCUAUGUGUGGGAGCUGUAUAACCAGAGAUGUUGGGACUUCUUCCCUGUUGGUGACUGCUUCAGGAAACAGUACGAGGAUGAACCCCAAGGAAGCUGAUGACAAACAAAAUUUAAUGAGAUUGAUGAGUUUUUAAAACAUAUGGGCAUAUCAAUCUUGAGGAUGAAACAAGUUUCCUCAUAUUGAUGGAUUUUGAUUUGUAAAAUGCAUCUUUCACAUUGUCACAAGCACUUGACAUGUGAUUGGGGCAACUAAAAAGUUUUUUUCAGUCAUCACAGAAAUUCAAGGAUAUCAACACAUGCAGGCGUGAACUUGGACCCAAGAGGGAUUAAAAAACGAAAAAAAAAAAAGAGCAAGACUUUAGCACAUUAAACAGUUCAAUGUCAAUUAUCAUGUAUGGAUUAAUAUUUUAGCAUUACAUGAGCUGUCUAGAAAAGUGAUGAUCCCUGCAAUUUAAUGAAGUGCAAUGGUGUAUAGAAGCAACAUUUUGAUUGAUGUGUAUAGCCUUGUUAUUGACUUUGUUCAGACUGAAACCAGUCUACCAUUUCUACUUGGAUUUCUAGAAUUGUGUAGGUGCUGGAAAAUGCUCAUUUCCUUCUUCUAGUGACGGGGAUGAUGAUCCAAGCUAAUUUUAAAGUGAUGAAAAUUACUAUUGGAACAUUUAUUUAAUUUGAAUUACGAAAAGCAGAGGGAAAAGUGAAGUUUACUCGCAUACAUUUUUUUUUUUUUUUGUUAUCAGAUGCAUGUAAUAUGCAUAUGACUCCCUAGCAUAUUACUAGACCUGAGAUUGUGAAAACUUUGCCCUUAUUAACUGAAUAAUUUAAUAUCACCCUAAGAGUAGAUUUUAAAAAAAACUUAUUUUCAAGUUUAGGUUAUGAACUGGAGAUGUUUUGCUUUACAUCCUGUUGCCCGUCACAAAUUUCUUAUAGACAUUUGCAGUGAUCUUUUACAAGUAUUUAUUUUAUAUAAAGCGCACUGUGAGAGAAUGAUGUAGACUUGUGAUACACAUUUUACGCAUCGUAUUUAUAACCAGUAUACAAUGAUGUAGGGUUACAUGUAAUGACAGACACACUACAGCUAAUUGUUGUCACAAGUUCUUUUUUAUAGUUUGCAGUUUGUAAAGAGAAGUAGACAUUUCAUUUUUUUUUCUAAUUAACUUUCUGUAGACAUGAUACGAAUCUCUACCAAGCUGUUCCGGACAGUCCAGCUAUUCCAGGGGGUUGCAAUACUUUGUACAUAACUGUAUGGUCAUUUUAACAGUGGUUGAAUUUGUUGUGCUCGGCCAUCGGUGCUCCAAUAAUGUUUGCCUCUUUCUUUUUUGGCAGUUUUCUCCUCUCAUUUGAAUAUAGAACUCACAAAGACAGGGUUGUUUGAUGCUGCACAUUCUGUACAUUUUACUUUGUUGUUCUGCUCAUAUAAUUAGUAUUAUAGCAAUGUCUUCCAAAUUUGCUCCACCCAACGAAAAAUUAAUUGUACAGACUUUUAUCUUGGAAUUGUCUUCACUUGACAAGUGGCCCUGUUAAAGUGUGAGGCAACCCAAGGUGACGGGUCUUGGUAGUUUUAUGUCAUUGGGACUGUUUUUUGCUUAUUGAAAAAAAAUUUGGUAAUAAAAUGACUAAUUUUUGA